CAACCGGGCAACCCUCAGAAAUGGAGGAUGUUUGAAAUUUAGCGGUGCUGCAUUUAAAAUGUUUUAAAACUUCGAAGUAAAACCAAAAUAACCAGUUAGAUUCACGCAGAGUGGCCGUUAUGGACAGCAGUGUUGAUGCUGCAGAGCAGGAAGAAAAAGAGGAAUCGUCCCCUCCAGAUGGACCCCGGUCUCCUCAUAUGGAUCGUAACCCGUCUCCUCCUCCAAACCGAGCUGAUGGAGAGGAGGGAGAUGAUCUGGACGCCAUCGGAGACACUGCUUACAGCAAGCACUGGCUUUUCAGUACGCUGACUCGACUUAUUCAGAUGGUUGCAGAAGAAAAGUCAGAAGUCGUGAUGCAGCUCUCUGAUGAUGAGGAGGAAGAUCUCUGCAGAGUCUGGGAUAUGGCCAUGGACAAGGAUGUUGCAGGUUUUUUGCAAGAAUUCAAAGCGGCUGACAUCCUACUUGGAAUCAUAGCCAAAUCUCGUUCCCCACGUCUUACGGAAAUUUGUGUCGGAAUCUUAGGAAAUAUUGCCUGUUUUCCUGACACAUGUGCAUCUCUCAGCCAAAACGAUGACUUGGGUGCUGUGCUAUUGCUUCUUCUGGGAGAUGCAGACCCUCCUACCCUUCUUGAAACCACCAGACUGUUGCUGACCUGUCUGUCUCAGAAAGAAGUCUGCUCACUAUGGCUUCAGCGAAUACGACAGCAGACAUCCGUUUGCUCCAAUCUGUGUUUUAUCAUGAGCAGUUCUACUAACACGGAUUUACUGGAGAAAGUGGGAGAGCUGGUUGAUAAACUGUUUGACCUUGAUGAAGAAUUAAUGAAGUGCUGGCUCACAUCUCAGCCGAGGGAGAAGGAGGGAGAUGGAGAAAUCCAGCUGGAUUUGAGCUCAUGUCUCCUUGAGGCAGCAAAGCAGCUCAGGUCUGAGAGUUCACAUGGUCUUGAGGUUUAUUUUCACAUCCUCCAACUUCUUACCACAGUAGAGGAAGGCCUUCAGAUUUUUGCGGCUCCCGACGGACCGGGCAAACCAGUGUGGGAGUUUGUUAGCGACGUUGUGUGCAAAGACCUCUGCCAGCCGAAUGAUCUUCCGGUCAUCCUGCUUGAGCAGAAAGGCAUUUUGAUUCAGGCAUUGUCUGUGCUUCAGGCUCUUUAUAGAUGCCAGGAUCAGUCGUGCAGCAUCGAUGACACAGGUCUUUCUCUCAUCGGGUCAGUCUUUCGGGUGUGCCAGCAUCACAGUGAGUUUAAACCUGAAAGCUCUGAUAAAGAUGCAGCAAACGAUGAACAGCUGCAGACGCUCGCAGAAAUCACCUCUGAGUUUCUGGCCGACUUCUGCAUUAAUAUUCAGAAGGAAACUGUUGCAGAUUUGAUAAAGAAAGGUUACCUCACGCCAAAAACUUGCCGAGCUGCUGCAUCCUGUUUACUUCCCAGUUUUAAGACUUCUGUAAGUACUCCCUGCAGACAGAUUUAUAUUUGAACUCUAAAUUACUCUGAAA